UUGCUAAGCGCAGCGAUGAGACGGAUCCGGCGCCGGCAGCCCAGGGAAGGGGGAGGCGCGAGCGAGAGCGCGUGGGAGCGCGGAGGCCAGAGCCGGGAGGGGGAGCGAGCGGAGAGAGACGCCGGGGAGGCGCGCGGGAGCGAACGCCCGCUCGGGAGCCGGAGCCCCGAGGCAGUGCGGCCGCGCCCCUGCCCGAGCCCGUGCGGCCGCCCAGCCCCGCUCCGCCCGCCGCCUUCUGGGCUCCCGAGGAUGGAGGAUUCCCGGGAGACGUCGCCGUCCUCCAACAACUCCUCGGAGGAGCUCAGCUCUGCCCUGCAGCUGUCCAAGGGCAUGUCGAUCUUCCUGGACAUACUGAGGAGAGCAGAUAAAAAUGAUGAUGGAAAAUUGUCCUUUGAAGAAUUCAAAGCAUAUUUUGCAGAUGGUGUUCUGAGUGGAGAAGAAUUACAUGAGCUUUUCCAUACCAUUGAUACACAUAAUACCAACAAUCUCGACACAGAAGAACUAUGUGAAUAUUUUUCUCAGCACUUGGGUGAAUAUGAGAAUGUACUAGCAGCACUUGAAGACCUCAAUCUUUCCAUCCUGAAGGCCAUGGGCAAAACAAAAAAAGACUACCAAGAGGCCUCCAACUUGGAACAAUUUGUAACUCGAUUUUUAUUGAAGGAGACCUUGAAUCAGCUUCAGUCUCUCCAGAAUUCUCUGGAAUGUGCCAUGGAAACUACUGAGGAGCAAACCCGUCAAGAAAGGCAAGGGCCGACCAAGCCAGAAGUCCUGUUGAUCCAGUGGCCUGGAAAGCGAUCAAGUCGCCGAGUCCAGAGGCACAACAGCUUCUCCCCCAAAAGCCCCCAGUUCAGUGCCUGUGGUCCAGGCUUAUUAGAAGAAGACAACCAGUGGAUGACCCAGAUCAAUAGACUCCAGAAAUUAAUUGAUCGACUGGAAAAGAAGGAUCUCAAACUUGAACCACGGGAAGAAGAAGUUAUUGAAGGGAAUACUAAAUCUCACAUCAUGCUUGUGCAGCGUCAGAUGUCUGUGAUAGAGGAGGACCUGGAAGAAUUCCAGCUUGCUCUGAAACACUAUGUAGAGAGUGCUUCUUCCCAAAGCGGCUGUUUGCGCAUUUCCAUACAAAAGCUUUCCAAUGAAUCUCGCUACAUGAUUUAUGAGUUUUGGGAGAACAGUAGUGUGUGGAAUAGCCACCUUCAGACGAAUUAUAGCAAGACAUUCCAAAGAAGUAACGUGGAUUUCUUGGAAACUCCAGAACUCACAUCUACUAUGCUAGUUCCUGCUUCAUGGUGGAUCCUGAACAACUAGAUGUUCCUAGACAUUUUCCUCAUGGUUCCAAGUGAAAAACAAGUAUUCUCAUCUAAAAUGUGAAUUAGAAAAUUCUCUGCAGUUACUAAUCUACACUAUACUUUUAAUAUAUUUAAGACGUGCACUCUUCUAAAAUGUCUUCUAGAUCUUUCAUGUGAAUUUUAGCUAAAUUUUUGAAGUCUGCUGUUUUGCUACAUUGUAACCUAAAACCCUUUCGUGGCAAAAUCCUAAUAUGUGAAACAAGUGUACACAUAAAGGAACAAAUUUGUGAAAAAGAAGUGAUAAAAAAUAAGUAAAGUGGGAACUUUUAGAGUAUAUAGGAUAGCUUCUGUGGAUUUGUCAUAAGCUAGGGGUUAAAUCAGUGUUUUGUCAUUUUUAAGUAACUGGUUUUCUGUGAAUGAAGCUUAUAUUCCUCAGUAAUGCUCACUGUAUUCCCUACUCACGAUCUUUUGAGUAUUCACUUCACUGAAAAACGCUAAUACAUGCUCCAAAAUGGUGUCCUUAUGUGCAGAGAGAGCAACGGCAGGGAUGCAUGUGCACAGAGAAAAGGCCACAUGAGGACACAGUAAGAAGGUGCCAGCAGCAAACCAAGGAGAGGCCUCAGAAGAAAUCAACCCUGCUAGCACCGUGGUCUUGGACUUCCAGUCUCUAGAACUGUGAGAAAAUGCCUUUCUGUUGUUUAAGCUAAAAAGAAAAAAAGUUGAUACAGGAGUAUACAACAAUCUUGGCUAUAAUCUACACUCUCUAUAUACCUGUCAGGUUAUAAACUGGUUUUUUGCAAGUGAACAAUUCUGUGAUAGUUAGGGUACCAUUUAGUAAUGGAACUUGUAUAGUUCUAUAAUGAUAUAUAGUUAUAUCAUUUAUUAGCAUCAUAAUUCCCUGUAUGUAAGUUCAACAAAUCAAGAAAAGAGGACAGUCUUAGUUUGAGAAAAUCAGGUUCAAAUUUUUGGCACAUGAUCCAGAGGACUAAAUUUCUUAUUAAAAAAUAGACAUUUGCACUUAAAUAAUGAGUUCAAAAUAUUUAAAAAACAAAACUUUAACCUCAGUGAACAAAGAAGAACUAUACAUUAAGCACAAAACUUUAGGGAAGGUAUUGGACAGAAAACAUUUCCCAGUCUCAACACUAGAAUGACAACAGCUCUAAUGUCACUAGAACAGUUAACUGUAUACCUAAUAUGCUCUGCUGUACAAGCUCAUAUAUUACAUAUUUUUAAUAGAAUCUAUUCCGGUAAAUGCUGCUAGUGAAAAUCCAGUACAUAUGGGAGUUUGUUACCAUGUUAUUCUCUAAUCCAAAUUCCUUUGAAGCCAUAGGUCUUCAAGGAAAAAAACUUUUAUUUUUUUUUUUUUUUUACUGUUGGAAAACUCAGAAGGUCGAACUAAAAUUAUAUUUUUUAAAUAUAAAAUUUGACCUAAAAUAUUUUCUCCAACUAAUUUAUGAAAUACUAACUUCUGUCACUACCUUUGUAUGCCCUCAGUCCUCAUUCACUCUAAAUUAUUUUUUUCAUAGCUUCUACUAGACAAGGGCAGUAAAUUUUGACAUAUAUACACAUAUACACACACACAAAUGUGUGUGUGCAUGUGUACAUACGUGUGUAUGUCUUUGGUCAUUUCUAAAGAUGACAAACACUAUGAAACAACACCUGGCUCAACUCUUUUAAUUUAUAUACAAAGCAGAGAACAUGAAUGGAGUUGUACAAUGAUUAUUCAAACAAACUAUACACAUGUACAAAAGCAAACGGAUAAGAGCACAGUCUUUGCAGUCUCACUCUGAUUAUAUACAGUGGCGUCUGACAUACAAACUCUUCUUGAAAAGGUUUAUAAAUGGUUUCAAAAAAAUACAAAUUAUAGCCAGUAAAAACAUAGUAUUAGAAUCAGAAAGUACCUAAGUCUUCUAAGUAUGAGGCAGUUUCCGAAGUACAAUGGUGGUAGGACUUCAAAAAGGUUUCUGCCCUCAGUAACAGUGUUGAGCAGAAUGGCUGUUUAGAUUCCAAACUAGAAUAGGUUCUAGCAUAGUUUUUUUUUAACUAGAGUCAAAAAAAUAUGGUUAUACUGACCCCAGCUUUUACACAAACUAUAUAUAAAUUUUUAUGUGUGUGAGAAUGUGUGUGGAUACACAGUAUAUGUGUGUGUGUGUAUAUAUAUAUACACACACACGUGUGUGUGUGUGUGUGUGUGUGUAUAUAUAUAUAUAUAUAUAUAUAUAUAUAUAUAAAGGGAAAAUAGGACAGAAAAUAAGUGAAAAAUCUGGGCCCUAGGUAUUAAUGUAUCAUUUUUAAUUAGCCCGUAAAUUUAUAAAUCUGGGCCCUAGGCAUUAAUGUAUCAUUUUUAAUUAACCCAUAAAUUUAUGGGGGGUUUUGUUCCUAUUAAAAAAAAAUCUCUUUCUGGGGAACAAAGUAAUGAAAACUAGACCAAGAUGGGAAGUCUCCCAUGGACUAAAAACUUAAAUCUAGGUAACAAGCCCAAAGACCAGUGAGGAAAAAGGUACUGAUUUUAGGAGUUCAGAAUUCAGUAUGAGAUAAACUUUCUGCCAAAUGAUGGUCUCAAAUGCCUUGCCAGUAGACCUGGGGAUCUGAGAAAAUAAAAGUAGGGAAAGUUUACACUUACCUUUAUCUACAUCAGCAAUUCUUUUUUGACACUAUGCUGGAAGAAACUUUUUUUCAAUAGUAACAUCCAGAGUGACAAAAUGCAGGAAUUUAUUGUAUAAAAUUUUUAGGAGUUAAAAGCUUAAACCCCCAAAUUCUUCAUCCAUGUGUUCUUGUUAUAAGAAAUUACAGAAUUGAAACUUAAUGCACCUCAAUUAUUUGCAAAUGCCUAAAUUUUUCCUCUUUUGGAGAUAAAAAUAUCAGUUUUAUUUUGCAAUUGCCCAACUUCUGUUCAUGUAGUCUGAUUAGACACAACAAGUAGCAGCUAUUCUCCACCUUCAGUUUCCUGGUUUCCAAAUUGUCAAUCUCUGCUAGUAAUUAUGAAUCUUAAUGCUAUCGAAAACCUAGAGACCAAAGAACUGCCUAUUAAAAGAUUCUGUUUCCUGUCAUGGAGAACUAUGCAUUGAACAUCCUGAAUCAUCCCAAGCCUCUGGAGAGAUUGUAAAGAGCCUUUCAAAAUGCCGGUAUGAAAUAAGUGGCAAAGAGAACAAAAGCAACUUUAAAAGCAACAAGAAAUUAUGUACCAUAUAUACAUCAUAGCAAAUACUUUAUAUUUGGGAAUCUUUACAGCUUACAUUUCCAUUCCAUUAUUACAAGAGAUGAAAGACAAAAAAAAUUGCAAGUAGCAUGCAAAUUAUAAAUACAGUCUUCCCACUUUACUAACCGAAUUCCUACUUUCCAGUGUUACUUCCCAAUUUAUGCAGGAAACUGCCUGCAAAGUUGAAACUGAUUAGAAAAUUAUUUAAAAUAUCUUUCUCAUUUUAGGGAGAAACCAAAUACCCAACCAUCAAAAUUAAAAAUAAGCUGAACUGUCACAGUCCAUUACAGUUAUUGUUACUAGGUCCACUUCAUUUGCAGGUGUCCAAAAUAUAAAACGAGUAAUUCUUUAUGUUCAAAUUCAUCUGUUCUUAAAAUGCUACUUAAAACUUGGGUGGUUUUCCUGUAACAUAGAAGAAAAAGUUAAUUUAUCAAUUAGAUUGAAUGAAUACAGUUUUUACUAGUUUAUCAAACCAAAUACUGUGACCCUAUUAAGUGUUUACAGAUCUUAAAUGCAUGUUGCUAUAGAAAGUAUUAUAGUAACUGGAACUUGUCAAAAACAGUUCUCCUGUGUUUAAUAAAACAUAAUUCAUUUUUAAAUAUACUAGAUUGUAUUUUAAACCUGUUCUGUUUCUGUGGUACAUGGUUUGUUCAAAAUAAUGUGUAUGUCAAACUUUUAUUUACAAAAUAAAAUGUCAGAGAUGAAAUAAGUCUGCAAA